UUUAUGGGUGUAGACAACAUGUGGUGAACUGUAGGAGAUGAUAAGUCUCACUCACUGCAGCAAGUGAACAAGUGCGGACAGAGCAGAGCACCGACAUUGUUUCUGUUUCAGAGAAAGUGAAACUAUUUGACAGUGACUCUCAGGAGGUGACAUGGCGCAGCAAGGAAAUCAGCUGGACCAAGAGAGAUUCUGCUGUUUGAUCUGUCUGGAUCUACUGAAGGAUCCGGUGACUAUUCCCUGUGGACACAGCUACUGCAUCAACUGUGUUAAAACCCACUGGGAUAAAGAGGAUGAGAAGAAAAUCCACAGCUGCCCUCAGUAUAGGAAGACCUUCAUACCAAGACCUGUCCUGGUGAAAAGCACCAUGUUAGCAGUUUUACUGGAGGAGCUGAAGAAGACUGGACUCCAAGCUGCUCCUGCUGAUCACUGCUAUGCUGGACCUGAAGAUGUGGCCUGUGAUGUCUGCACUGGGAGAAAACUGAAAGCUGUCAAAUCCUGUCUACUUUGUCUGGCCUCUUACUGUGAGAAACACCUGCAGCCUCAUUAUGAUGUAGCUCGUUUAAAGAAACACAAGCUGGUGGAGCCCUCCAAGAAGCUCCAGGAGAACAUCUGCUCUCGUCAUGAUGAGGUGAUGAAGAUGUUCUGCCGCACUGAUCAGCAGUGUAUCUGUUAUCUCUGCUCUGUGGAUGAACAUAAAGGCCACGACACAGUCUCAGCUGCAGCAGAAAGGACUGAGAGGCAGAGAGAGCUCCAGCUGAGUCGACAACAAAUCCAGCAGAGAAUCAAGGACAGUGAGAAGAUCUUCACUGAGCUGAUCCGUCUCAUGGAGAAAAGAAGCUCUGAUGUGAAGCAGCAGAUCAGAUCCCAGCAGAAAACUGAAGUGAGUCGAGUCAAAGAGCUUCAGGAGAAGCUGGAGCAGGAGAUCACUGAGCUGAAGAGGAAAGACGCUGAGCUGAAGCAGCUCUCACACACAGAGGAUCACAACCAGUUUCUACACAACUACCCCUCACUGUCACGACUCAGUGAAUCUACAGACUCAUCCAGCAUCAAUAUCCGUCCUCUGAGCUACUUUGAGGACGUGACAGCAGCUGUGUCACAGCUCAGAGAGAAACUACAGGACAUUCUGAGAGACACAUGGACAAACAUCUCACUGACAGUGACUGAAGUGGAUGUUUUACUGUCACAAUCAGAGCCCAGGACCAGAGCUGGAUUCUUAAAAUAUUCACAGGAAAUCACACUGGAUCCAAACACAGCAAAUACAUAUCUGUUAUUAUCUGAGGGCAGAAAAGCAACAGUAAUGAUUCAACAACAGUCUUAUUCUAGUCAUGCAGACAGGUUCACUUCAUGUGAGCAGGUCCUGAGUAAAGAGACUCUGACUGGACGUUGUUACUGGGAGGUGGAGUGGAGAGGAGGCAAGGUUUCUGUAGCAGUUGCAUACAAGAAUAUCAGCAGAGCAGGGAACUCGGAUGAAUGUUUAUUUGGACGCAAUGACACAUCGUGGGCGUUAGAUUGUAACCAAAACAGUUAUACAUUGUGGUACAACAAUGACAACACUCCAGUCUCAGGUCCUCAGUCCUCCAGAGUAGGAGUGUACCUGGAUCACAGAGCAGGUGUUCUGUCCUUCUACAGCGUCUCUGAAACCAUGACUCUCCUCCACAGAGUCCAGACCACAUUCACUCAGCCUCUCUAUGCUGGACUUUGGGUUUAUGACACAGCUGAGUUGUGUGAACUCAAAUAGACAAAGGUCAUUUAAGGUGCAGUUGGUUCAAAUCUGUGUUUCAGUUCAUCAUUUUAUUUUGUCUCCAUCAUUGUUGCUAAAAGCUCAUUGCUGUCGUGUUUCUGCACUGCACAGAGAUCACCUGUCAAUCAAACAUUAUGGGUGGUACUUUGACCUCUUCUCAUUUAUUGUUGUGUUGAUGUUUGAGUUUCUUUAGGUGGAGCUGGAGCCAUGGAGGAUAUCACUGCUCAGGAUGAUUUUUCUUUACCUAAACUGACAUUUCUCCACAUGAAAAUAUAAACUUCUCUGUGCUCUGAAUGUUUGUUGAAUAUUUGUGUUGAUGUAUUUGUAUGUUGUUGUUUCUCUUCCACUGCAUGGGCCUUAACAGAGAAAUCACCAGACCUUCCUUUAUCACAGAUAUUUUGUUCUCACUUGAAGAAUUAAAUCUAUAAUUACAUUUACAUUUAUGUGUUUGUCAGAUCGAAUGUUGUUGUUGUUCAAAUCAACUUACAAAUAAGGUCGAUGAGGUUUUAUAAAACUGUAAUUAUCAUGAUAAUAAUCAAUGAGGAGAUGAUUCAUUAUUUUUUUUCCAUAUCUGAGAUUCAGGUGAAACAAACUGAUUGUGUGGAUGAAGUGAGAGAGGAGUCAUUUAACAGACUUUACUGAUUCAGUGUGUGAACAAACUGAAGCUUCACAUCAUGAAUAAAACUGUUUUUCCAUCCAAUUGACUAAAACAAAUACUUAGUUGUCUUUUAUCUUUCCCAUGUGACCUGAAUGCAGCAUCAGUGUUACAGGGUGUGACUCCUGUGAACAAACUGACACAGUGUGAUAUUAAAUAUAUUUAAAUGUGUCUUUACUGAUGUUGUUUAAAGCUGCCAAAGGCUGAGUGAAGUUUUUACUCGUCUUCCUGCAGUGAACAUCACAGCAGGUGAACAACUGAAAUCUGAAACUGAUGCACAACACAAGAGGGCGCCUUCAUCCACCUGACCAGGGAUGUAGUGAAGGUUAAAGCUCCUCAGCUCACUUUUUUCACAUGUUUCAGACCAUGUCUUUAGAAAUCAUAUAAAACAUUUCCCUUUGUAGUCUAGAAAAUUACUCAUCAAGACCCAUAUGCUAUUAUGUUUACUGGGAGAUUAAAAAAAUUAAAGUGUGAUAUGAUGAUAUGGUAUUAAAGGAGGCAGAGAUCAGCUUUGGGCAAAUUCAACCCCUGUAAUAUAUAAAUAUAUAUAUAUAAAGCAGAAUUAUCCUGCAAUGGAACAUUUCAACAUUUAAACUUUAUAAAUUAGCAGGUAAAUUAAUAUUCACAUAAUAUAUUCGACUGGAAAUGGUUUGUGGAACACACUUGUUUAUACCUGAGAGUUGUCUGUAUAUGAAAGAAAGGGACUUGUGUGUGUAUGUAUGAUGUCACCUACUGUCUCCAUUCAAAGUCUGUAAUGUUUGUGAUCAAUGAAAGAACCUUGGGAUGGAUGGGCUGCUGUUGUUUAGAUUCAUUCUUCUCCACUUUGGUUCCCUUGUCUGGAUUUAUCUUGAAAAG